GCUUGCCUUCGUCGGACAGCUCGGAAGUUGGGCCAUGCAGUUUCGGAGCCUUUGGUGGAGAAAACCGAAGCGCUAGGCAAGAAACGUGGGCAUGUGGAGUGCCUGUCUUUUCCAAGCCCAGUGACCCUGUUUUCUUUGGAGCCCAACCAGGUGUUUUGGGAAAAGCUGAACUUGGGCCUCUUAAAGAUGCAGGGGGGUGCGAUCACACCCAUGGUUCCUUGGAGCUUUGAAUCGACCCCCACGGAUUGCCGGAACGAAUUGCGAGUGCCCACUUUGUUCGAAGUCAAGACUACCAGCUACGAGUUUCGGCCAGCCCUUGACAAGCCCGUCCAGUCGCACGACACGGCUGGGAAGGACUUGGUUUUGUUCUUGCCCGUAGAGGCCGAAGAACAACGUGUUAAGGACUACAUGUUCAAGCACUGUUCGGAGAGCGGUUUGGAGGCGAGCCACGCCCUUGUUUUUCCGAGCUUGGAGGCGGUCGAUGUGCAGAUGCAGAUUGCAAUCCUUGGCACUUCUUUCUGCAUGGCGCAGCUGCGGAGUAGCAAGAAGAUGCGCCAGACGGAAGAGUUGCAGGAGAUGGAAAAGAAGAUUGCCGACUUGAGUCAAGAGCUGGAUUUUUUGCAGACGCGGCGGGACUUGUUGGUGGAAGAGGUCGGCGAGCCCACGGAGACGGAGAGUAACUUGGGAGCCUAG